UGCAGUGCAGUGCAGUGACAGUCAAACCCCACAACACGAACACAAACUGUUUGGAAAAUUUAGGAAAAUUGGGGUAUUGCCGGCCAGGGCAUCGGGAGAAUCCCUUUUCGAAUAGUGCCAUGAGAUCUUUAACAUCCACCUGAUCAGGCGGUUGGGACCUUGGGUUCACGUCACAUCUGAAGGACGGAAACUCUGACAAUGUGGUGCUUCCUCCAGCACUUUACUUGAACAUCGGCCUAGACUUGAGCUCAAUAUCCUGACAUGGAGCCACAAGCUGAGGGACAGUGCUACUGAGUGAACCAGGCUGACAUUAAGUGACCCUGGGAUGGGGAGGAGGGAGGGAGAGAGAGGCUGGACAGAUGGCGGCUGGUGGAAAGCUUCCCAUGCCAUACAAACAGCUUGGCCUUGACGUGCCACUCACGGUGUUUGUUCUGCGGAUCAACCUACGUUAGCCGACCAUGAGACAACUUUCAUUAACACGACUCCAACCGGCCAAACAAGAUAAGAAUUGGGGUUUCUGCCACAGGGACUUAAUAUAAAAGCCCCAACGACUGGGCUCAGUCUACAAACAGCAGACAGACCGACAGACAGAGAGAAUGUUGAGACUGUUUCUUCUGAUAUCGCUGGCAGCCGUGGCUCAUGGCUGCGGAAAAGCAGCCUACCCUCCCUCUACCAAAGUGGUGAAUGGUGAAGAGGCCAGACCCCAUAGCUGGCCCUGGCAGAUCUCUCUGCAAGUUGGCAGUGGCAACUACUUCUCACACACAUGUGGAGGGACUCUGAUAUCACCCAGCUGGGUUAUGACUGCCGGACAUUGUAUCUCACGGUCCAGUAGCAGUUACCGGGUGGUGCUGGGGGAACACGAUCGGGACGUUAAUGAGGGUACAGAGCAGGUCCGAACAGCGGCAAAGAUCAUCACCCACUCGGGCUGGAAUCCCAGCUGUGUCGCUUGUGGAAAUGAUAUCUCUUUGAUCAAGCUGAGUCAGCCUGCGGUCCUGAACGAUAACGUCAAGACUGCUUGUAUUCCUGAUUCCGGUGCCAUUCUUCCCCAUAACUACCCUUGUUACGUAACUGGGUGGGGCAGACUCUACACAAAUGGCCCUCUCCCUGGGAAGCUGCAGCAGGCUCAGUUGCCGGUGAUAGACCAUCAGCACUGCACCGCCGGAGACUGGUGGGGAAGCACUGUCAAGGAUUCCAUGGUGUGCGCUGGUGGGGCAGAGAAGGCAGGCUGCAAUGGCGACUCUGGGGGACCUCUGAACUGUCAGAGAUCUGAUGGCUUGUGGUUUGUGCACGGAGUGACAAGUUUCGUGUCCAGUUAUGGCUGUAACACCUACAAGAAGCCCACGGUGUGGACGCGGGUCUCUGCCUUCAGGAACUGGAUCGAUAAUACGAUGGCCUACAAUUAAGUCAAGCAGAAAACAACUCUGACAGGAUUGGUAUCAUGAAAGAAACCAAUAAACAAAAUCAGCUUCAAAUGCAA